AUGUCGUUGCUUGAAUUUCCACCGCUUAAUUCUUCUGGAAAACCGUAUGCUAUAGAAGAAUACAAUGGUCGAAUUCUCACUGGAAAUCUGGAGCAGUUCCGUUCGAUGGCCAAGUGCGAUGCUAUGGCUGAUUAUCCUUUUGUGGAGCGAGCACAUCUUAACAGUCUUCAACAUUCCAUUUCUAAAAGUGACGUUGCGGAUGCGUUUGUGUUUAGAGAAGCGGAUCAUGUUAGGCAAGCGAUUGACAGAUGGGAAAAAGACGGAAUAACAGGUUUAAUCGAUCAUAUAGCAAAUAUUACCGAGGAUAGUAAGCUUUGGCCAAUUGCGAGACUAGGCCGAAGUCUUCUCCGAGCACGAAAUGGUGUUGUUAGCGUUACUUCGAAAGUUCUUCCUUCGAUAAGUCAAAGUCGAGUUGAGGAACUUCUACAAGAAUAUGUUCCAACUCUUAAUUGCAUUGGGCGAACUCAGAAGACUCCAUUGACUCUCAAACAUCCACUGCAAUCCAAUGUUUCUUGCAUGGCGUGGGAACCAUUUGACCAGAGAAUCCUUGCUGUCGCAGCCAACAACAAAAUCUUGAUCUGGAGGUUGAGUAUGAAAGCGGCUAAUAUCAAGCCUUCUGUGCAGUGUGCUCAGGUGAUCGAGCUACCUGCGGAGCCUAUUAGUGAAAUUGUUUGGGAUCGCACCACGACUAACGUAAUUCUAGCAGUAUCUCCGAACAGCGCCAAAAUAAUGAUUGUUGAUGUAUCGACUGGAGAGAUUGAGUCUUUUGGGGCAUGGACUGGUGGGAAUGUGACAAGAAUUGUAGCAACUACAGAUGGUCGGCGUUUAGCUGUUCUUUAUACCAGUAACGUUAUUAGAGUGUACGACCGGACCUGCUGGCGGGAGGAACGGUGGGGUGAUCUUGCAGGACGUGCUGUAAGUGCUGUAUGGUCACCUACAGGAGAUUCCUUGCUUUUUGCUUCUGAAGGAAGCAGUCAUCUCUAUACUAUCAAUUUCGCUGCUAAAAACGUCGUUAAUGAAGAUGGAGUCACCGAAACACGGUGGACUGGAGACUGCCAUGCAGUACCUGUGUUCGAUUUAUCGCCCGUGGAGUUUGAUCCUUCUGAGCUAGAAAUUUCUGGCGCAGUAGAGAGAGAAAUUGUUACGAUCGGUGGAAGAGUGCAAUCCCUCGCCUUGAGUCCAGAUGGUCAACGACUAGCUGUUAGUUUUGCUGAAAAUCCAUGUGUUGUUGCUUUGCUAAUUGUUGAUUGGUCUCCAACCGUUAGGCUCACUCCCAGUGGUUUUGUGGAAGCUCCUCUACUCGGAAAUGCGUCGCUCAUUACCUUUUUACCGAAAUUUGACAACGGUUCCAUGCUUACAAUUGUUUGGUCUGGUGGCAGCAUACAGUAUCUUCCUCUUUUAUACGGUCACAGCUCAUCAUCCCACUUCAAUUCGCGAACAAUCCUCGAAGAAAUCGGUGGAAGAACCACCGCAGCUCUUCACACCACAAGCGAAUCCCUGCAGUCAUCUGAACUACCCAGUGAACUCAUAGAUCGAUCUGAAGCUGAAGAAAUCGUGUUAUUCUCAGAAAAAAUUCGAGCGGAGAAACCUCUGAACUCUAGCUGA